CUGGACUGACCUGCAGCAGCCUUCAUGGAGGAGCACAGUCUGUGUCCCACUGAAACUCCAGCUGGGAGCAAGGCCAGCUUCAGGGAAACAAGUCUGGCUGCUCAGGAGAGCCACGUGCCCAGUUCUGAGGUUCUUGAAGCAAUAGAAAAUGUUAUCCAAGGUGUAGUUCAAAGCCUGGCCCAGAAAAAAGCACCUGUUCUCACAGUGGCCAACAGAGCAGACUGGAGGAACAUAGAAUUUAAAGAUUCUGUAGGUCUACAGAUGAUACCAGGUUGUACUACAAAACAAAUAAGAAGUGACUGCCCUCAAUCAGCAAGAAGAUUUGCUCUGACGCUCAAAAUAUUAUCAAUGAUCUAUAAGAUGGUACAGAGCAACACUUAUGCAACUAAAAGAGAUAUAUAUUAUUCUGAUACUCUCCUGUUUGGUAGCCAAAGUGUUGUGGACCAUAUAAUCAAUGACAUUUCUUGCAUGCUGAAGAUACCCCGGAGAAGUCUGCAUGUGCUGUCUACAACUAAAGGUUUUGUUGCUGGUAAUUUAAGUUACACUGAGGAAGAUGGUACAAAAGUGAAUUGUACCUGCAGUGCAACAGCAGUCACUGUGCCAUCUAAUGUUCAAGGAAUUAAAAAUUUAACCUCACAUGCCAAAUUUAUAUUAAUUGUAGAAAAAGAUGCAACUUUCCAGAGACUCCUGGAUGAUGACUUCUUCAGUAAAGUGUCCCCAUGUAUCAUGAUCACGGGAAGAGGCAUACCAGAUCUUAAUACACGACUUUUGGUCAGGAAGCUGUGGGAUUCUUUUCAAAUUCCUGUUUUCACCCUUAUGGAUGCAGAUCCACAUGGUGUAGAAAUAAUGUGUGUCUACAAAUAUGGAUCUGUGUCCAUGUCCUUUGAGGCCCAUCAUCUCACUGUUCCUUCUAUCAAGUGGCUUGGUCUCCUUCCAUCUGACCUCGAGAGAUUAAACAUACGCAAAGAUGCCUUGAUUCCAUUUACAAAGCAAGAUGAAAAUAAAUUAGCAAGUAUUCAGAAGAGACCUUACAUUGCUUGUCAGCCACUGUGGAAAAAAGAGCUGGAAAUUAUGGCAGCAUCUAAACUGAAGGCUGAAAUUCAAGUUUUAACUACUGUCUCAGCAGAUUACCUGUCCAGAGUCUAUUUACCAAACAAACUGCAGUUUGGUGGAUGGCUGUGA